CUGACCGGCCACAGUGGGAAAGUGAUGGCGGCUAAAUUCCUCGGCGAACCAACUAAAGUAAUCACUGGCAGCCAUGACCGAACAUUAAAAAUUUGGGAUCUUAGAAGUAGAAUGUGCACAGAAACAAAGUUUGCAGGAUCAUCUUGCAACGACCUCGUCACAUCGGACGGGGCGGGUUCCACGAUCAUUUCAGGGCACUUCGACAAACGAAUACGUUUCUGGGACAUACGUACGGAAAUGUCGGCCAAUCAUAUCAUGCUCCAGGGCAAGGUCACAUCGCUGGAUUUGAGCAGAGAUAGUAAUUACUUAUUGGCGUGUGUCCGAGACGAUACUAUACAGCUCAUUGAUUUACGGAUGAACACUAUCGUACGGUCGUUCAGUCACGAGUCGUUUAAGGUGGGUUGCGACUGGUCGAGAGCAGCUUUCGGACCAAUGGGAAGGCUUUUGGCCGUAGGCGCAGCCGACGGCGCCGCGUACGUCUGGAACACGCAUUCGGGAAGACUGGAAGCUAUUUUAAAAGACCAUUCGUCAGCAGUAACGGCAGUAUCGUGGCACCCUCAAUCCGGUCUAUUGGCAUCAGUGGACAGAAGCAAGCGGGCGGUGAUCUGGGGAGAUUUGUGACACGCCUGGGAUUACGUCCCUCUCCAAACGACUGUACAAGUUAGCAGUUCGAAUGUCGAAGAGUCGGAGGGCGAUGGCGCAGAGGUAUUCGACUUCCUGCGCGGCAUCACCACAGACAUCCUUCACAGAUUUGCUUAGACUAGUGGCGAUGACUUUGAAACAAACUAGAUUAUAUCGACUUUUACACAUAAUGCCGGGACGUCGACGGCUAUUAUUAAAGUGAUAUCGAUCAAGGUAAUUGGAAAAAUAUUAUUCGUACUAAUACGAAUAUGUAUUUGAUAAUGAGAACUGAUUGGUAUUCAACAAAGGAAGAGGUGCUACGUUUAUUAUAAUUUGUUUUUUUUUUUUUUUUUGUUUUAUAAUACUCUUGUGAUGUUGCCAGUUGAGUUGCGUGUAUUGAUGUAAACGUUUUUUGCUAUUAAGAUUUUAUCGAAAUAAUAUAUUAACAUCAUUCCUUUUAAUGAACACGUAAAAUAUUUACAAUGGUCUAUUAAUUAAGAUAAAUUAGGAAUACGUACCAAUGUACACGCUAUGUUACAUACGGAGCUCGAAUUUUUUUAACUUGUUGUACACCUUCGAAAAAUAAAAAUGUCAUAAAUCAA